AUGCGCAACGUUGGGCACUGCUCGGAGCACCUUAAGCGCUUAGGAUUCAUUGCGGAUCAAGAUGAAAUCGAUUUGGGAAAUCACUGGAAAAAGCUGGCACCCGGAUACGUGUUCAAAUUAACGUGCACCGUCAACAAGACCAUGGGAAAUAAUUCCCCGCCGAUCACUAGAGAAGUUCUCAUAGCGAAAGAAGACUUGGAAAUCUUCGUGCUUCAAGCAAUGAGUGUUGGUGCUGAAGACGUCGACUACGGAAACAUGAGCAUUUUGGAGAAGAAAAUUGGUUACAUUGUUACUCAAAGCGACGACGCCCUUGUCAAAACUGUUUUCGAUGAGAUCGUUGAUGAAAAUCACACAUAUUUGGAGAAAUCACUGCUCACCUUGCACGUUGAAAUCGUCGACGGCGAGGUUUUAAUUAAAGAAAACAGUGAAAUGCAGGCGCCCAGAAAGAAAAGAUCGCAUCGAGGAAACAACGACAAGCCGGAGGCCACUCCAUCCAAGAAAAAGUGCGACGGCUUGUCAACUGCUGACAAGUGA